UUGAAAGACUUCACAAGACGAAACGGGAAUUGCACAGGAAGGUGUUCAAGGCUUCCCAGAAACUUAAGGGCUGUUGAGAAGUUGACAGGCCACAGUUUUGAGAAUCACUCCUUUAGUGUGUCGUACAUACUGGACGAGGAGGCAGGAAGGGACAGGGGUGUAAGACCCCAGGUCCCACGAGGGGCAUCUAAAAUGGGGACAGGAAGUCGGGAGCAGGAGUUUGGUCAGCCAGGGGCCAUGGGAGGCCCCCAGGGGCCCAGGCAUCGUCAGCAAGAGGUGCCUCUACGAAUCCUAGUGCCCACUCAGUUUGUGGGAGCCAUCAUUGGGAAAGAGGGACUCACUAUAAAGAACAUCACAAAGCAGACCCAGUCCAAGGUAGAUAUCCAUCGUAAGGAGAAUGCAGGAGCAACUGAGAAGGCCAUCACUAUCCACUCAUCUAAAGAGGGCUGUUCACAAGCCUGCAGGAUGAUCCUGGAAAUAAUGGAAAAAGAGGCCAAUGACACCAAGAUUGUUGAAGAGGUUCCUCUGAAGAUCUUGGCCCACAAUAGCCUUGUUGGGAGACUCAUAGGGAAGGAGGGCAGGAACCUGAAGAAGAUAGAGCAAGAUACUGGGACCAAGAUCACUAUUUCUUCAUUACAAGACCUAACUAUAUAUAACCAGGAACGUACCAUCACGGUGAGGGGAGUGGUGGAGGAGUGCUGUAAUGCAGAAGUGGAGAUCAUGAAGAAACUUAGAGAAGCCCAUGAGAAUGAUGUGUCUUCACUUAAUCAGCAGACUAACAUGAUGCCAGGUCUAAACCUGAGCGCGUUGGGGAUCUUCUCCUCUGGCUUGUCUGUUCUCCCUCCAGCCUCUGGUCUGCAUGGAUCUCUGUCCGCCCCAGCCAACUACAGCCCCCUGCUGGGCCCCCCAUCAGUAUUGGGUGGUCUGUAUGGGGUUCCCUCCUCUGGAGCAUUAUCUCUUCAGCAAGCAACUGCUGAACAGGAAGUGGUGUACCUCUUCAUCCCCACUCCAGCAGUAGGAGCUCUCAUCGGGAAAAAAGGGCAACACAUUAAAGAGCUGGCACACUACGCUGGAGCCUCAAUAAAAAUUGCUGCAGCAGACAAUCCUGAAGAUCCUGAGAGAAUGGUAAUUAUCACUGGACCACCAGAGGCUCAGUUCAAGGCACAGGGGAGGAUAUAUGGGAAGUUGAAAGAGGAGAAUUUUUUCACUGCUAAGGAAGAAGUGAAGUUGGGGGCACAUAUAAAAGUGCCUUCGACCGCCGCCGGACGAGUCAUCGGGAAGGGUGGCAAAACGGUAUGUGUGCAUUGUGUACAUGUGAUUGGAUCGACAAAGACACAUGUUAAAACCUUGUGUAAAAACACAA